UCCAACCGCCUGGCGAACUUCUUCUGGUAGUGUCGGAGUCAAUCACGCCUUCCUCUCUGCUGCGCGCCUCGAACCCAGUCGCGUAUCCAGUCGGCCUGCGGGAUGGCAUCUCAACCUCGUCCUACUCCCUACAACAACCAAGGCUACAUGGCGAACGGCUCCGUACCUCACCACUCCGGCCCCGUCCCUGGGGCCACGCCUCUGCUCCCGAACCAAGGCCGCAUCAUUCAGACCGGCCCCAUCAGAGUCCUCUGCAUUGCAGAUGUUCGAGGCAACCUUCGAUCCUUGAAUGAACUCGCCAAGUCGGCCCGCGCUGACUACAUCAUCCACACUGGCGACUUCGGCUUCUACGACGAGACAUCUCUUGAGCGAAUUGCUGAGAAGACUCUCAAGCACGUCGCGCAGUACUCCCCGCUGAUCUCCGAGGCGACGAAGAAGGCCAUCGCGCAAGGCGCUCCCGGCCCGGUCAAGAGCCGAUUUUCCCCGAGCGAACUCCCACUUUCUGAGCUUCCCCAGCUCAUCAGCGGCGAGUUGAAGCUGGAUGUCCCUGUAUACACAGUGUGGGGUGCCUGCGAGGACGUGCGGGUGCUCGAGAAGUUCCGGUCUAAGGAGUACAAAGUGCCCAACCUCUACAUUAUCGACGAGGCGCAGUCCAUGUUGCUCGAGAUUGGCGGUGUAAAGCUCCGCCUCCUCGGCCUGGGCGGUGCGGUGGUCAUGCACAAACUCUUCGACAAUGGCGAGGGACGGACAACGAUCGCAGGCGGACAAGGCACUAUGUGGACGACGCUCCUGCAGAUGGGCGAGCUUGUCGAUACGGCGAACCGCGUUUACGACCCCACCGAAACGCGCAUCUUCAUCACGCACGCGUCGCCGGCUCGCGAGGGCAUUCUGAACCAGCUCUCGGUCACCCUUAAGGCCGACUUCUCCAUCUCGGCAGGUCUCCAUUUCCGCUACGGGAGCUCGUACAACGAAUUUAGCGUCAACCCCACCCUUGACCACUACCGUGGCAAGCUCGCGGCAUCCAAGGCGUCCUUCAACGACGUUUGGGAUACGGUCAAGAGCGAGGUUGAGCCCGCCAUCUCGCAGAAUGAGGCGCAACAGACUUUGCUUAAGAACGCAUUGAGUGUUGUGGAGAAGAUGCCUACGACUGCGGCGGGCGGCAAUCCUUUCGGCGGUGCGCCUGCCGGCCAGUCGGCGGCGGCCUUGGGCCAGGUGGACGAGAGCGCCUUCAAGAACAUGUGGAACUUCAACCUUGCGGAUGCUGCCUUCGGCUGGCUUGUCCUGGAGAUUCAGGACGGCAGAAUCGGUACCGAGAUGCGGGCUCAGGGAUUCAACUUCUCGCACCGUGGAGCUAAGCAGACCAGUGUGCAGCCCGCUCCGGCAGCCGUGGGGACGAGCGCUGCGCCUCCUACCGCCGCCCCGGCCGCCCCAGCGAGAGCCCCCGCCGCCACCCAGCCUCCUCAACAGGCUGCACCUGCGCCUGCACCGGCUCCUGCUCCGGCUCCUGCUCAGGCCCAACCCAAGCCUGCCACGCCGCAGCCCGCGCCGACUCCUUCACCGGCCCCCAAGGACGAAAAGCCCGCUCCGGCUGCUGCUAACGGAGCUGCUGGCGCGCCUGAGACGGCGCCCUCUCCGGCGCCCAAGACCCCGGCAGAGAGCAUCAUCGGACUGUUCGUUAUGAACGCGCAGAGCGAUGAGCAGGUCCGGAACCUGUUCGCCGAGGAGGAUAAGAGCAAGAUUCUCAAGAUCGAGCGGUGGGGCCAGAACAAGGUUGCACAGUUCAAGACGGUGGAGGAACGGGAUGCCGCCAUGGAGCGGCUUCCCGACGAAGUGAAGAACAGGGCGCCUGGCCAGGAGGACCGGUCCAAGCCCCUUGUCAAGAUCUUCUCGCCUCCGUCCUCGCGCCAGUACUCGCGCGGCGGCGCAGGCAAUUGGGGGAGCAGCCGCGGCGGCCGGGAUGGCGGCAACGCUCAGAGCGGAUACCGGAGCGCCGGCGGCGGAGGUGCUAGCGACAGCGAAGGUGCCGGGCGCCGCGGUGGACGUGGUGGGGGCCGUGGUGGCCGCGGCGGCGAGCGCGGACGCGGGCGGGGUCCACGGGGCGGCGCCAAGGGCGAGGGCGCCGCGAGCCCGGCUCCCGCGGCUGAGUCUUAGUUGACCAACGACUGCAGGAGCGUCGAGGCACCACAGAAGCGGCCUACGCUGGCAUUAUACCGCCCGCCGCCAGCCUAUUACCGCCUCAAACUCGUGGCCUCGGAUCAUGCAGAGGCAAUGAUCCAUUCAGAGCACAACGCUUUUCCGCCAUGAACGCCGACUCCUCACCCACCCACCUAACGCCGACCUUCCAACCUCACACGAUUCUCACUAUGGGGCCUUUGGCCUUGCCCUUUAAACCAGCCAGCCUUUUCUUCCGCCCCUCCUGUUUCCUCCAUUCUGUUUUGCUUUUCUUC